AUGCCCAAUAUUAUGGCUGAUUGGGGUCUCCGUGGUCUCCUCUCCCCGCUCCUCCCUGACCCCUCUACUUGGCACUCUCGACCAGAGCCAGCCAUAGCUGUGCUAGGUUCUCUAGCCCUCUUGUUCAUCUGGUACUGCUAUCGUGUGGGUACAGGGCAGGUAGCCCCUGUGUCUCAUCCACAAGGUGUGCCGACCGACGAAGGAUGCCCUCGCCAUACCCUCAGGGGUGAUGCCAUCAAUCAGCGCCUGUAUCGCAGCCUGCGAGAUUACGCCAAGCGCUAUUCGUGGUCAGGUAUGAACCGGCUGCACAAAGGUAUCCGGGACCAAGCCCAUUAUCAGCUAGGUGAACGGAUGGCAAUCCAGAAGCCCAGCGCUUUCUACCUCCCCGACUUGCCUUUGGCCCCCUAUUUUCCCCACAAGUCCCAGCGUCACGAUGUGGAGAUUCUUGAACUCAGUUUCCCAGCCAUCCUACGGGAAUUUGAGGGCAUUGCAAGGGACUUUGAACCCGGAGCGCCAAUGCCACGGGGAUGGAUGGUCAACGCCAACCCUGGCUGGCACAGUUAUUACCUCUACCGACAGGGGGAGUGCAUAGCACAGAAUUGCCGCAGCUGCCCAUGGACAUAUCAGGCACUGAGCGCGCUACGCACCUUUAUCAACGCCAAUUGCUUUGGAAACGCCUGCUUUAAUGUCUUGCAGCCUGGAACUGUGCUACCUGGCACCUAUGGGCCAACGAACACCAGGGUACGGUGCCACCUAGGGUUAAAAGUGCCACCUGGUUGUGAGUUGGUGGUGGGUGGUGAACCACAGUGCUGGUCUGAAGGAUACUGCCUUCUGGUGGACGAUUCCUUCUUGCACACCACAGCCCAUAAUGGUUCCCCUAGCGAUGGACCUCAGGUGAUUUUUAUUGCUGAUCUCUGGCAUCCCAACGUAGCAGGACCUGAGCGACAGGCAUUAGAUUAUAUCUUUGCCCCUGGUUGA